CCCGUUCUCCCCCCUUUUCCUUUUCCCGUUCUCUCCCCCCAGCUCAGCUGCAGGACGCUGUGGCACGCGGUGCGGCACUGCCUGCGCGACAACCUGCGGACGCUGCGGCUCCGGGGCGCUCUGCGUUCCCCGGGCAGACACCGCCUCCUGUCCCCGGCUUUGCUGGCCGCCCUGGCCGCGCGCUGUCCCCGCCUCGAACGCCUCUGCCUGACCGAAGCCGACCUCCACCCUCUUCCUUACCCCAGCCUCCCCGCUUCCCUCUCAGCUCUGGAGCUGAGCUGCUGCGAGAUCCCCUCGCCGUGGUUCUGCGGCGGCUCCUCCUCCUCCCCGCUCCUGCGACGCCUGGAGCUCCGCAACGUCCCCGCUUUCUCCGACCGUCACCUCCUGAACGUCGCCGUCUCCUCCCGCGGCCGCCUGAGGACGCUGAGCCUGUCGGGGACGUACCGCCUGACGGACGCCGGCAUCGAGCGGGCGGCUCCGCACCUGGAGGAGCUGGAGCGGCUGGAGCUGCAUCGCUGCGUCCUCAGCGACUCGGCCCUCGGCUCCGUCGCCCGUCACGCCAAGCGGCUCCGGGUCCUGGCCGUCACCUCCGUUCCCCAGCUGACCGACGCGGGCCUGGCUUCCUUAGCGGCCCUGCAGCGCCUGGAGACGCUGCGCCUCGAUCUGGACAACAAGUUUUCCCUGGACGCCGUCGUCGCCUUGUGCCGAGCGCUGCCCCGGCUGCGGGACUUCGCCUUGGACGGGGUUCGCUCGGAGGACGAGGCCGCGGGGGAAAUCCGGGCGUGCGUGCCCCGCUGCAGCUUCUCGCCCCCGGCUUAAAAACCCGGGCCCGGAUCCGGGCUCAUUCCCGAUCCCCAGCGCGAGGGCGUCCCCGAGGCGCCUUCGAUUUUGGGGGGGGUGGGGGUGGGGGAGGCCCCUCUCAACCCGGCCGCUGGUUUCGGGAGGGGGAUUUUCGCCGGCGUCGGGAGCUGCGCCGCGGGCUUGGGGGGAAACUGAAGCCCGGGGUCUUGUCAGGGGUCGGAAGGGAACUCUGUGUGGUCUCGUAGGGCCUUAUGUGGUCUCAUAUGGUGUUAGAUGGU